UUAAUUUCCGGUGCACGCACGCACCAGCCAUUAUAAAGUUGAUAGUUGAUUGUGAUUCGUGGAAAAUCGUAAAUUUUGGCAAGCAAGCACAAGCAAGUUGAUUCUUGAAUUUUUGGUGUAGUCAUCAACCUAGUCAUAGUCUACAAUCCCAUUGAAUCGCACAAGGCGAGGUAAAAAGUACAAUAAUGUGUUAAAUGUUGAGUAGUGGAUUAAUCUAAUUAUGACUUCUUUAGAACAAACGCCUGAGUCACCAUGGAGGAAAAGGACUAUAGAAGGUCUAAACUUGGACAUAAAAGAGAUAAUAGAAGCAAAACGUCCCAGACUUUGCUAUUACCGUUUGGAAAGUGAAAGCUCUAAAGCUACCGAUGAUGACACUGAAAGCAUUGCCAGUGUCCAAGCUAAAGAGACCGAUUUUGUCGGAGACACUUCAGACACUGAAAGUAAAAAUGGAACAGGCACCGAAAAUUCGGAGUUUGAGUAUGAAGUUGCCAGCUUAUCGGCGAGCGACAAAGAUAAUUUUGAUUUUUCAACAACAGAUUCAGAAGUAACUGAAGAUAUGAUCUUAGUUGCUGCAGCAGCCGCCAUUUGCGACAGUUCCCUGGAAACUUGGAUAACUGAUGUGGAAGACUCGGAUAGUUCAUCGGAAGAAAUGUCAUUUGGAAAGACAGACUUUGCCACUUGUGUGCAGUGCAAGGGUGAAAACCGCAACCCGCUUUACAGAUACUGUGAAAAAUGUUUUCAGGAUCGAAAGAAAUUUUUCCCACCAAGGCCCAGAAGAAACAGACGAAAGAAACAACAGGAUCCUGUCAAGUUGGCCACCUUACGCAAUUGUUUGAGCGGAUUGUCUCAAGAUUCGGGGAUCGGAUCCAGCCAGGAGUGUCCGCCACUUGGAUUAGAUCAAAUCGUCGUUCCGGAGUUUUUGAACAACGCAGGUACGUCAAAAUCUGCAGAUUUACCAUCAACCCUUACUAAACUAAACAAUACAAAAUCCUCUGCAAAAUCUGAAUCGUUAACAAACAUUGUAAAAGAAUCGGCAUCAACUUCUAUGUCGUCAAAUGCUAAGGGAUCUACUUUAAGACGGAAACGGCAAAGCUCAGAGAACAGCCUUUCAGACUAUGAAGUAAAAAAAACAAAACUCACCCCCAAACCUGAUAAUAUCACUUUCGAUCUGGGCUCUGAAGUUAGUAGUUCUACUUCAUCUUUUACCUCUACCAUAUCAACUCUCUCCGUGGACCAGAAUGGGAUUCAAUCUGAAAAAUCUUCAGAGAAAAACAGCAGUUUUGUUUCUGAUAUAGGCUUCAAUUCGAACAAGUCCGGUGGUAGUAUCGAUUUGGAAAAAACGAAUAGUUUCAGUUCUGAUAAAACCGAGUCUGAUCUUUGCAUGUUUUGCAACAGCGCUCCCAAGGACAGCAUAUUUUUGCACGCUAAGAUUGCGCAUCGCUGCUGCUGCUAUGCUUGCGCUAAGAAAACUCUAAAAUCCAUCAAGAGAUGUCCAAUAUGCAACACGUCAGUUAAUAAGGUAGUCAGAAUAUUCACUUGUUAGGUAACUACGGAGGUUUAUGUUUUUUUUUUUUAUAAAAGUGUUAAAGAUGCUGAUAAUAUACAAAUUUUAUUUUUAUUAUAUUUUUUUGAAAGGGUAUUUCAUAAAGAAGUUUGUUUUGUAGGUUAAAAGGAAAAAGGAUUUGUCAACUAAUUCAGAUUUUUGUUUAUGUUAAUUGGGUUGUAGCAGUUCAUGCAUUGCGCAUAAAUAAAAUAUUGUAUAUACAUACGAUAAUCUACAUAUUGUGAUAAACUGUGUUAAGGGGUACUGAAACUAGAUGCUCAUAUCUAUUUAUGUGUUUAUUUUCUGCCAAAUAUUAAAAUUGUUGAUCUCUGAAGUAAAAGACCUGUUUUUUUUUUUUUUAAUUUAGCUUUGUUAGCAGGGUUGAGAAGAUUAUUUUUUUUGCCAUAUUAUAAUUGAAUUGUGAAUCUGAAUUACAUAUUUUUGAUAGGUUAGGGACCAUAAUAAUAGAUAAUAUAGGUAGCAAGGUUCGCAUUUGCAAGUGUUGCGCUUUCAAAACAUCAUUGUAUACCUUUUUAGGCGCCCUUUCAGCAAUUGACAUGCAACUGUAGAAUAUGAAGUUUUAUUUUAUUUGUUAAAUUGAAUAUAAUAUGUAGUUUGGUUUUAUAUUUAAUGUGAAAAUUUGUAUAGUAUUUCUUAAAACAAAAUUUAGAAUUCUAGUUUUUUGUGGCGCCUCACUGGUAUUGUUUCAAAGUCUUACAUUAUUUUCAGCAUCUUUAACACCACAAAAUUGAGUAUUCUAAAAAAAAAAUCAAAUUUAGGUGUACAGAAUAAAUUCUAUUUAUUCAGAGAUUUAUUAUAAUUAUUAGAAAAUAAAAUAAAACCCUACAAAAAUUUAAGAGUGUAUAAUAAAGACUGAUUUUUUACUGUUACGUUUUUGUAAAUAAGUAAUGAUAGAAAAAUAAUUUUUUUUUGUAAUAUAAAUCUUCAAGUAAACAAAAAUCUCUUAAAUUUUUGAUGUGGUUAUAUGCUUCUUUUACCUUUUCUUCUAAUCCUUUUGAGAGAAAAGACACUUGUUUUCUUUUACUAUAAAACAAGUUGUACUUUUAUUCACCAAAAGCUUCCUUUCAUUUAGCACAAAAUUUCUUAUACGAAAAACAUUUUGGAAUUGAUUUUUAUGAUGCUUCAUAGAAUAUUUAAUUCCAUGUUUCAUGUAUCAUUAAAUUAAACCAAGUUACGCAGCCGGGUUUAAAAAGAUGUAUUUGCGUACGAAAUUUAUAAAGUUUCCCAUGGUGCAAUUUCUAAUAUGUAAAUCAAUAAAAAGCCUCUUCACACAAAUUUUUUUUUAUUUGAACUCCUUGUUAUUAUUGAGACCUAUAUUUAAGUUUUUUUUUUUGCUUGGAGCAGUUUUACAGGUAGCUAAAAUGAUCGACAGUGUAUAUAGCAACCUUAGAGCUAGCUCUCUGUGGGCAGUAGUGAAAACUAGACUAUUUUCGGCUAGGAAAAUUGUUAACAUUGGAACAAAUAUAUUUUAAAGAAUACCUUUUGCUAUUUUUCUUCUUGUGGUUUUGAGUAAAAAUAAUGGAAUUCUUUGAAUAUAAGCUCAAAUUAGUAUCAAACUGAAGGUGCUGAAG